AUGGAGAGGCAGCAGACUAAUACACUUCAAAACUUUGAUGAUCCGAAAACGGAAAUUUUGAAAAAAAGAUUAUUAAAAGCUGCGAACUCUAACGUUAGCGCUAAUCUGUCGCAAAACAGUUCGCAGCAUAAUGUGCUCUUAAAUACAUUGCGCGCGCCGAUUUCGAGCAGUAUGAUCGUGUCUUCGGUGCAGGCGCCUCAGAGCUCUAUGCCAAUCCCUCACAAUUUAGUUACACAUUCUAUAGCUCCUGUGAAAAUUCACACUAAUAAUUCUCCAUAUCCAUUGCAGCUUUCAACUGUACAUGUACCAGUGCAAAUACCAGGUUCCACUUCUAAUAUAAAUGUUCCUGUUCAAUUAUCAGGUGCUACAAGCACAGUACCAUUGCAAAUAGCUCCCGUUAGUCUUCCACUGCAAGUUUCAGGUACUACAAAUGUACCAGUUCAAUUACCAGCUGGUGAAACAAUUAAUGUUCCUCUGCAAUUACCAACAGCUAGUCAGAAUAUACAAUUGACAGGACAAACAUUGCCAUCCAUGCCGCUUUUGCAAAGCCCAGCGCAGCCUCUUCACAGUUCAAUAAUUCAUGUACAUAUGGGAUCAAACCCCAGACCCACAAAUAUUGAGGCGAAUUCUGAUAUGAAUGUGUCAAGUUCUACUCAGCUCCAACUUCCUGAUUCAUCUGCGGUUCAAGUAAAAAUGAAUAAUUCCACAUCUGUAUCCCAAGUACAAGUUGGUGCUAACUCUGCUGUUGUACAAAUCCCUAACUCCUCUAACAACCCUAUACAAUUGGCUCUACCUAACUCUAAUUCUGGGACCGUACAGCUACGAGGUGCACCUAGAACAGUCCCUCAUGUAGUCUACAUACAAACGCCAACUGGUCUGAAACCAGUUACAAGUACAGAGGUGAUAAGCCAAGCCAGCACUAGUGGCAAUCCACCACAAAUAAUAGUAAGAAGACCGGUUACUAGUAAUUCCAAUAUUCAUUUAAUAUCAAAUAUGAACAAUAAGCCAAAUAUUGCACAAAUUCCAAAGGUGCCAGUCCAGAAUAAAUCAUCUAUUCUAGCCCCUGCCAAUGCUUCUCAACCAAUUGUAAUCCAAAAGCCCAAAACAAAUGAUAAAAUGAUGGUUCCAGUCAGCAUUGCUCCGGGAGCUCAAGGAAAACAGGCAAUCGCUUACCUAGGAUCUGUAAAGAAAACAAAUACAAAAAGCUUAUCAGAAAGUCAAUCAAUCCUUAUAUCGAACAAUCAAUCAAAUGUUAAUUCAAAUAAUCAAAAACUUUUCUUGACUCCUAUGAAUAUGCCCAAGAUACAAAACACUAAAUUUAUUUUGCCUGUAACAUUGCCUGCCACAAUGGCCUCAAAAGGUCCUAUAAUCAAUUUACAAAUUGCUAAUGGACAGAUUCAAAAUGAUCCUCAGGGAAACAUAACUGUUAUGAGAGAUACUGCGCCUAUGGAGACGUCGGAAAUGCCACCGUUGCAGCCUCUAGCAACAUUAGUCAACGUAAAUGGGAAGGAUAAUGCAGUGCCUCAGAGUCCUAAAAGUGAUAAAUCAUUUGCAAUAUCUAUACCCGGUUCAAGAGCUGAGCCUACUGGAGAGCAGGGUGAAUACACUUUAUCAAUACCUGAAACAAAUGCCUCUAUGAAUGAUGACAUUUAUACAGUGUCUAUAGCAGAUGAGGAAGGUGGUCAAACUCGAGAGAAAUCAUUUACUUUGGCCAUUCCAGAGAAAAGUAAAAGCUUAUUAAAUAAAAAUGUUAUUGACAGAUCUGAGAUAGGACCUGUCCCUGUGGCUGCUCCAGCAAUUCUUCGGCGUUCUAAUUCCGACAAUAGUGAGAGAAAAGUUUCCAAUGCAAGUAUUAAGAGACGCAUUUCACUAUGCAAUGAAAAUUUGUCAAAUAAAACUAUCAAGCUUACAAUUCCACAGAUAAAAACUGACAAAAUAGAAACUAACACAGAUAUAGAUAUGAAUGAUGAUCAUCGUGUGCCAUCUUUAUUUUGCGAUGAGCAAUUGGACAAAGAUUUAGAUAUUAGAACUAAUAUUGAAGAUUCUGAUCCUGAUGAUGAUAAGGAAAAAAAUAAACUGACUACAGAUAAAAACAGUGAUGUUUUAUAUAAUCAACAUUUGAACAAAUAUAGUUCAAAGGAUAGUAAAACUGGUAAUGAUAGUAGUGAGCCUACUUCAGAAGAAGAUCCACCAGGUUUGGUAUGGAGCAAUGGUGUUGCACAACUUCAGGGCAGCAAGCUAAAAUUCCAGACAAAUGAAUUUGGUCUUAUUGACCUGGUUGAAAGCAGUGAUCAUGGUACAAUAGUUAUGAAUCCGAGUGCCAAAUAUCAUACGCCACUUAAACAACGAAUAGAAAGAAACAGUAGAGAUAAGAAGCCUAUGUCACCAGAGGAUUUGUACCGUUGUGAUGGUUGUGGGUGUCACGGAAUGGCGGCCGAGUUCAUUACUCCUAAUUACUGCAGUUUGACUUGCCAAACAGAAGUCCAGAAGAUAAGUCAGAAGAAAGAAAGAGCAGAGUUAGCGAAAAAAAGGCACAAAAUGAAAAAAUUGUUGAUGAGAAAGCAACUCUCUGACUCAGAAUUGAUGCAAGAAGCUAAGGAUGACAAAGUUCCUCUCAAAGAUUAUGAGUCAACACCAGCUGAAACCCAAAUAUCGGAAGCUGCAUUACUUAAAAUGAGUGAGGAUUUGAUUGAGGAUGAGAAAUAUCCAUGGAUGUGUGGUAAAAAUGGAUUCUCAUGGAUGCGCUAUCUAGAUAUUUGUAAGGCUAAAGCUGCACCUGUUAAGUUAUUCAAAGAUCCCUUCCCUUACAACCGAAAUCGUUUUAAAGUGGGCAUGCGUCUUGAAGCAAUAGACCCUCAACAUCCUUCGUUGUUUUGUGUGGUAUCGGUGGCGGAGGUGCAGGGAUAUCGCAUGCGUCUGCAUUUUGAUGAAUAUGCUGAUCUGUAUGACUAUUGGGUAAAUGCCGAUUCUAUAGAUAUAUUUCCGCCUGGAUGGUGCGAGAAAAAUGGGCGUUCGUUAACACCGCCUGCAAGUUACACAGCGGAGACAUUUUCUUGGCCAUUGUAUCUGAAGAAAAUACGGGCUAUUGCUGCGCCGAGGCAUCUCUUUCCUCAUAUAACGUCUACAAUGGUAAAACCGAACGGCUUCCGCAUCGGCAUGAAGCUGGAAGCUGAGGACUUGCAGAAUGAUAUGGUGUGUGUAGCGAGCGUGGCCGACAUACCCAACGUCACCCUAUAUACACCCAGUGGCUGGGCUAAGGAGAAUGGAUAUGUUUUGACACCACCCAAUGAUAAGGACCCGGAGACAUUCUCGUGGGUGUGCUACCUGGCUGAUACGCGGUCGACGGCGGCGCCCCCGCGCGCCUUCAAACCCCGCGCUCCGCAGGGCUUCAAGCCCGCCAUGAAGCUCGAGGUGGUGGACCCGAGGGUGCCUUUCCUAAUUCGCGUGGCGACGAUCGCCGAGGUGAAAGGCCACCAGGUUCGCGUUACUUUCGACGGCUGGCCGGAGGAGCUGUCCUGCUGGCUGGACGACGACUCACCCGAUCUUCAUCCGGUGGGUUGGUGCCUGAAGACCGGACAUCCGUUGGAACCGCCCUUAACGGUGGAGGAGUUGCGCGUGAGUGGACCUUGCGGGGUGGGGGGCUGCCGGGGACUGGGCUCCGUGCGCGGCGGAGCCCACAAGCAGCACGCCGCCGCCUCCACCUGCCCGUACCGCGCGAGCGCCGGCGACCCGCCCGACCGCCUCGCCAGGAUACCAAAUAAAUCACUUAAGCCUUCGAUAGAGAUCAGUACGCCGACCGAUACCACGAAAGAAAAAUUACCACGUGGACGGCCGCCUAAGCACAAACGAGUCGAACUUGCUAAAAAUGAACGUGGGUCCGACGACGAGUCGAUGUCGAGCGAUGCGGGCGGGGUGAAGCGAUGGCGUGGCGGGGAGGGGGAGGGGUCGGGCUCCCGCACCCCCCCGCCGCCCCGGGCCCUGCUCGCCGCGCACAUAGCCGACCUGCAGCUGCCGCCCGACCCCGUCGCCUGGACACAGAAAGAGGUGGCUAUGCUGGUGGGGCGCGUGGCGGGCGGCGGUGCGGGCGCGGCGGCGGCGGCGGCGCGGCUCUCCGGCGCCGAGCUGCUCAUGGCCUCCUGCGAGGAACUGGUCGCCUGCCUGCGUCUGCGCCUCGGACCCGCCGUCAAGGUAUACGCGGCAGUUCGACAGCUUCGCGAGUCACUCACGUGA